AUCUUCAAUAAAAAAGAAGAAAACUUCAUAAAGGUCCAUAGAAAGUUUCAAAUUCAACGGUUACUUUCUGGCUUGAUUUAAAAUUGAAUAACAAUAACCGUCGAAGUGUGGACCCUGUUUUUAUAAGAAAUACUUCGAGUUUAUAAUAAAUUAAGUAAUGUUUUGAUACUAGGAAAUACAUUAGCGACUGAAACAGAAUAUAAUGGAGUGCAAGAAAUAUCAAGAGGCAACACCAUCUUCGGGUAAAAAUCACCUUAUGAGAAAAGUACGUAAUAGCAAUCUAAACUGUGAUAGUCCAUUCAGGUUAUUGCCAAAUAUUUCUACUCCUCCAUCAAGAAUGUUCAAAAUUAGGAAUCCAUUUGAAUCACCUCUACUGGAGAGAUUGCAUCUGCCUGUGUGCAGUCCUGGACUUUUCGCAGAAUCAUCUGCAAUAAAAGACGACAAAUUCUUAUGGACUAUCUGUGAUAUAUCUCAUUUAAAACCGGCAGAAAUAGACACUGCUUAUUUCCAAGAAAAUGUAUGUUCUGUAAUAGAUCCUCAAACUGAAAACAAUAUUCAGGACAAAAUAUCAAAUUUUUUUGAAUUGAAUGCAAUCGUGCCUAGUCCAGCACAGCGAGGACUAAAUAAAAAGAAAUAUGAAUGCCCAGAUAGUGACCAAGAAGAAAAUGAACCUGUAGGAAUCGAGAAAUUAAACGAAGAUUCUCAUUUAAUCAGUGGGAAUUAUAGCACAAUGGAUAUUUCCAAUAUUUCAAAUGAUAAAGAACAUUAUCUUCCUGAAGAUGAGUAUUAUAAGAAAUUGUUUGAUUUUGAAUCCCAAUCGCCAAAUACUUCUCCUAGGAAAUCUCCAUUCGACUCACCUGUACAAUUCUCCCCUCUUAGAGAAUUAGAAGUUAAAAGUUUCAGGGAUGAAUUGGACGCCAUGGAUGGAAAAGAUUUCAAAAUAUGUGGACUCUCACCGAUAACACCAGAAAAUGAAACUUCCCAACGAGAUAAUUCCAAAAACCAGUCCACAAAAGAAUCAAAAUCAGUUUGUAGAUUAAUAUUUUCAGAAAUGAAUUUAGUCAAUGCAAAAGAUCAUGAUGGUACUUUCGGUUUAGAUAUGGGUAAAGAAACUGUUCCAGAAAAUACUGUUAUAGAAACUGAAUUGAAUUCCAGUGUUAAUUCAGGUAUAAUGUCUAUUGAUGGGGUAGACAAACAUUCUGAUUAUAGUGAAAUGGAUAUAUCUCUGAGUAAUACACCGAAAACAGGACUUUUCACAAGUCAACGUAAAAGAUUGUCUGAUAGUUUCAAAGAUUUACAUAGUUCAUUCAGUCAACUAGAAGAGAUUAGAGAAGAAGGGUCUAUUAAUUUAGAAGUCAAAUCUGGGCUCUUAUCUGAAGGUUCUUCUGAUCUGGGUUACUAUUCUACGAAUGUUGCAACAGCACCUUCAGUGAUAGAAAAAACAUGGAAUAAUUCCCAAGUAUUUUCUUCUACCCCCACUAAAAGGAAGAAAUGAAAAUUAUUUAUUAUUACACACUUUCGGGGUGUUAAGAUCUCAUACCACAUCUACCAACAUUUUCAGGGAAACUGAAUAAUUGUGUCCUCAUUUCAACUUUCAUUGUGUAAAUAAGAAAUAUAAUUUUAUAUAUAAUGCAUGUUGUGCCGAAUUUAAUUUCUGAAUACCACAUGUGUUCAAUGGGUAGGUAAUUAAUGUACUGAUUUAUAUAUAAUUUGAUAUGAUGUUUUCCUUUCUACAGAAAACUGACAAUCAUUUGUGUGUGCCAUUGAUUUUAACAAAACAUGCAAUUUCUUAUAGUAAAGACUCAGACUGUUUUCAAUUUUAAUAAUUGAAUUUGUGCAAUUUAAUGGUAAUAGUAAUUUAAUGUUUCACGUUUUUCAAAAAUUGGGUUGCUUAGAAUGAAAUUAACUCAAGUACAAUACUUGUUUAAUGAACGACAGUAUUGAAAAACUAAAAGAAAAAUUCAAAAAGAUCUUGUACUUCUGUUAAAAAUUAUGACUAAGAAGGAUAUUGAAAACCCUUUUCUCAGAUUAUAUUUUAUAAUCAUUUGUGUACCUGUCACACAUAAUGUGUGGAAUAGAUUUUUUCUUUUAGUCAAUAUUGUUCUAGACUUUUGCCCGAUAUGUUGAUGCUCAUUGAAAUAAUUUGCAAUCCAACAGUUACUAAGAAUUUUGUUCUGCUGUAUAAAGUAUCAAAUUUCCUUCGAAUCUUUUUUGUGUAAUGUUUAGUAUAGGCAUUAAUGAUCAGAAUGCUUAUAAUUUUUAUCUCUAAUCUGUGUUGAAUUUGGAAGAUUCUUUAGCUUCUUUGCAAGAAGUUUCUUCCUGAGUAAAUGGAAGUUUUUAAUUGAUGCAAACAGACAUUCUGAUAUUGAAUAUCAGAAGAACCUGUGGUUUGUGAAAAUAUGUUUUGGUUUUGAUGAAGUAAUUUUUGUACUGAAUUUUAAAAAAUUUGUAUUUUUGAUGUGAUACAAUUAUCACAAGUUUUAAUUCUAAACUUGAUAGAAAAAAUAAAGAUGAAAAAUAUA